AUGAAGAAUAAUGCAAAAACACUACUAUUAAUAUUCAUGCUUAUGUGUCUAUUGCCACUAGGCAUAGUAAUUUGCACAGCCUGGCGUAAAUUCAAACGGGUAGAUAAGAGAACUACUAAUAUGGUUUUAGAAAAUCCCUGUGAAAAAAAACAAGAGAUAAAUAAUCUAAAUAGAAAUACUCGCCUGAACUCGGCGGAAAGCGAACCUACGCUAAGAAAAACUACUCCAUUAAGUGCAGAGAGAAAUGCAAAGGAAUUGGGAUAUGUGCCAAAUACACACUUUAGUCCAGUGGAUGGGACUUUUAUGGAAAAUAAUUCUAGCACAAAAUCAGUGUUUAUGGAAUGCAAUGUCUCAAAUAAGCAAGCUGAAAAACAAGAAAACAUCCAGAUAAAAGAUGUAAAAUAUACGAAAAAUCAAAACAUAAACGCCUCUCAAGAAUUAGCAUCAGUUCCUGCAUGUGGCUUACAAGAAAAAGAGGAGUUAAUAGAGCUGCUAGAAUGUCUUUCUAAAAAGAACCCAAGCCUAGCUCUAGAUCCUCGCGAUUACAAUGACACUUAUAUUAUCAAUACACUUCUUGUGAACAGAAAUAUACCUGUAAUUGAAAACCUUGUAAUUUCAAGCAUAAAGGCAAUAGAAGAAAUAACACUAUGGGAGGCUUUGCUGGCAUGCAAAGAAGGAAGGUCCAUAGACAUAGAUGCCAGCCACUUAUAUUCUAGUAUUCAAGUUGUUAUUCGCUAUCCUAAGGACCUGUUUUAUAUUCCACUUAUUGCACAUGCAUUGUUUACGUAUUACAGCUCAAAGAAUAUGUCUUUUGUUUCUUUGUCCCUAUUGCAGUUUAACUUUAAGCUAAAUAUAAACAUUUUCAACGAAUUUCAGAUAUUUAGAGAAGUAAAGAGUCUUAUGCUGUGCAGAACAUUUAUUUGGACUAGCACCCUUAAUACACUAAAAGGCUUUAACAAUUUGAAGAAGCUUAGAAUUUCAAAAGUAAUAGUGUUAAACAGCGGCGACACUGCCACAGCUCCCUCUUUACCAAAGUCACUGAAAAGAUUAAUUAUAUCUGAUAUUGAUAAAAAAAUUCUAAACUGGAUUCUUGUUGGAGUAGACCUAUGCCCGAAUCUAGAAGACGUAGAAAUCUCAGAAAUUGACUCUAUGGAUACUUGCGCUCUGAAUCAACUAACAACUCUUAGCAAAUUAACUUCAUUCAGACUCAGAAACGUAGUGUUUUCUGGCUGCCCAGACUUCUCCUUCCUUAAACAGAUGAAUAUACUCAGAAGACUAACUAUGUGGAAUAUUUUCUAUUCUUACACUGAAAAGUUUAAAGUAGAAGAAUUGAAUAAAAUUAAAAAUAAUCUACUAUACUUAGUUCCAGACAGUGCAGAAAAGAAAAUACUCGAUGAAUAUGCAGACGUAGUGAAGAAAAACAAAGAAGUUGGAAAAAGCAUUUCUUCUAUCAAUAUUAUUGUAGAUAGCAAGCUAUACAAUGACCUAGGGAUGCAUAAAACAGCUCCUAGGAAGAAUGAAAGGUGUGCUAUCCGAAUUGAAAUUAUAAAUAACAUAGACUAUUUCGGGGUAUAUUCAGUUGGGUUAGAAUUUACACUAAAUGAUACACAUUGCUGGCUUGAUAUUAGAAUUGAUCCGGAAACAGCAGUAGACCCUGCCUCUUUAUUACUUGAUAGCCUACAGAGAAUUAGAUUCUCGUUCUUACAAAUAGAAACCAUUAGAACAAUACAUGUAGAGAAUUCUCUUAGUAUUAAACCAAAAGAAAAUUUAAUAAUAGACAUGCUUUCAGAUAAAAUAAUUAACUAUGCAAAGAACAGCAAGAUAAAAAGCUUAAAACUAGUAGCUUUAGUGCCAUCAGUAACAAUAGAUAUGUAUAAAAUUAUUAUGUUUAAUAAUUCUAUGCCAGAUCUUGAAAACCUAGAGCUAUCAAAUAUUACCUUUGCACCAGACACUACAGAGCCAGAAAGCAUCGAUGAAAAAAAUACUCUGCAGAUUUAUAAAGAACAUAUGCCAAAAAAUCUGAAUUAUAAGUCCUUUGCAUUUACUAAAAGAGAAAACAAUCUUGUAUUUUCUGGGUAUUCAUAA